AUGUUACAUCCUGAAUUAUGUUGUUCCAUUACAUGUGAAACACUUUUUUGCAUAACAGCUGCUGUUAACAAGAUGAUCAAGGAGAUGAUACCAAAUGUAAGGGUGUCCAAUGAUGCAAGAGAACUUAUUCUAAACUGUUGUACAGAGUUUAUUCAUUUAGUUUCAUCAGAGGCAAAUGAAAUUUGCAAUCGUCAGUUGAAAAAGACUAUUCUUCCAGAGCAUGUAUUCCAAGCCUUACAGGGAUUGGGGUUCCAUUCUUACAUUGAAGAAGUCAGAUCAGUUCUCCAGGAAUGCAAAACUCAAGCUGCUAACAAAAGAAGGGCAAGCACACGCCUAGAGAACCUGGUAUGUUUGUUUAAACUAAUCCUGUUACGCUGUUUUAAGUGCUGCGCCCAACUAAUUGAACGCCUUGAACCUGGAGACUAUUUUUAA